CACCUGUCGACUUUUUCCCAAUGCGAGAGGGCACCCUUCGGUUUGGCACAGCGUAAAUACAGAGACUCUGAUUACAAACUGGGCAGAUUGUUUGUUUUUUCCCUUUCUUUUUCAUUAUGAAAAGCCCCUACCGACCCUUCUUUCCUCAAAUAGUGACUUGUUUAAAUCACGGUGCCUUGCUCUAGAUUCUAGGGUUUCUUAAUCUUUUCUUGCUCAAACAAAUAUACACAGCAAAGGGGAGCGGUCCUCAUCUCUCUCUCUCUCUCCCGCUCCUCUAAUUUCUCACGUUCCACUCUCUUUUCGUGAUUUUUUAUUCUAACUCUCUCUCCCCCAACCCCCCCCUCUCUCACUCCCAAAUAUCCCCCAAAGAUCUCCUCUUUAUUUUCACAAUCACAACUUACUCUAAACCCCCCUUUUGCUAACAAAAAUUAAUCCCCCAAGAAUUCAAUUCCCCUCUGAUUUUCUCUCAAUUCCAUCCAAUGCAGCCUUCCAAUUCCACCGAAUCCAAUUCUAAGUCCACCGAUAACCCCGAAAACCCUAAAUCCCCAAAAUCCCCCUCCACCGAAUUCAAUGCUACCGCCACGACCGUUACCGCCACCAGUGACAGCAGUUUUGAAAAAAACAGUGAAAAUGUGGAUGAUGAAGUAGUUCUUGAUGUUAUAGGAAAAAGCCUGGAAUUUGAUUUAUUAGAAAAAGCUGACGAUUCAGUGGAGGGUUUGUAUUUGUAUAAAAAUGCGUUUAGUUUGGUGCCCAAGUCCGUGGGGGGUUUAAAGAAACUGAGGACGCUCAAGUUUUUCGGGAAUGAAGUGAAUUUGUUUCCAGCGGAGUUUGGGAACUUGGUGGGAUUGGAGUGCCUGCAAGUCAAAGUAUCGUCGCCGGGUUUGAAUGGGCUGAGUUUUAAUAAAUUGAAAGGUUUGAAAGAGCUUGAGCUUUCGAGAGUGCCUCCAAGACCUUCGGUUUUGACGAUUUUGAGUGAGAUUUCUGGGAUUAAGUGCUUGACAAAGCUCUCUGUUUGUCACUUCUCUGUAAGAUAUCUUCCUCCUGAAAUCGGCUGCUUAAGUAAUUUGGAGUUCUUGGAUCUUUCAUUCAACAAGAUUAAGAGUCUGCCAAAUGAAAUAACCUAUUUAAAUGCCUUGAUAUCAUUAAAAGUAUCUAAUAAUAAGUUAGUCGAACUACCCUCAAGUUUGUCCUCGUUGCAAUUACUGGAGAGCUUGGACCUCUCAAAUAACAGGCUGACAUCAUUGGGAUCUCUUGAACUUACUUCAAUGCAUAACCUCCAGCAUCUAAAUCUUCAGUACAAUAAGCUUCUUAGUUGUUGUCAAAUACCUUCAUGGAUAUGCUGCAAUUUGGAAGGAAAUGGCAAGGACUUGUCAAAUGAUGAGUUCAUUAGCUCAUCAGUCGAAAUGGAUGUAUACGAAACCUCCUUUCAGGAGGAUGACAGAAAGUUUUCUUGUAAUGAAUGCGAUGCAGGUUCCAAUCAUUCUAUGUCAAGCAUAGUGACUGGGCCUUCAUCAAACAGGUCAUUUGCAUCUCGGAGGUCUAGUAAGCGUUGGAAAAGACGCCAUUAUUUGCAGCAAAAAGCUCGUCAAGAACGAUUAAACAACAGUAGGAAGUGGAAAGGUGAGGGGUGUGCUGAAGCUUUGGCUCUAAAGGAAAGUGAAAGUUUCAAAUCGAACAAUCUAGAUGUCCUUACCCCUGAGGUGCAUGAAGGGGGCACAUCAGAUGUUGUAGGUGUGGAUGAUGACAAUGAAAAAGUUGAACUUUCUGUUGAAGCUGAAGGAGAAAAUCUGCAUACCAGUGUUGAAGAUGAUAAAAUCAGCUCAAAAAAAGUUUUUUCUGUGGAAAGCUGCUCAUGCGAUCUUGGGUCUAUAAAUAAAAGUGAGGAAGAAGUAUGUUGCGUGCAAGAUGAACCUUUAGCCUCUACACGGGAUGAAGCUGCUAGUCAGGAUGAAAGUUCAUCUUCAGAAAAAUCCAAAAUCACUUACAAGUCAAAAAGGCAUCAUGAUAGGGAUAUUGAUAAUCCAAAGCCAUGCAAAUGUCGGAGACCAACAGAAGAUAGCUCAAAUUUUUCCUGUAAAUAUAGUGAACUUUCAUUUUGCAGCAUUGAGGACCGACUACCAGAUGGCUUUUAUGAUGCAGGACGUGACCGACCUUUCAUGCCACUGAGGAGAUUUGAGCAAAUUUUGCCUCUUGACUCACGUGAGGUCAUUCUUUUGGACAGGGAGAAGGAUGAACAGUUGGAUGCAGUAGCUCUCUCUGCUCAAGCAUUGGUGUUUCGUUUCAAGAGAUCAAAUGGUUCUACCAAGGAAAGAAAUAAGGUUGCUGUUGAUAACUUGCAGAUUGCUUCAUUGCUUGCACUUUUUGUUUCUGAUCAUUUUGGGGGCAGUGAUAGAAGUGGUGCUGUUGAAAGGACUCGAAAAGCAGUGUCUGGUUCAAACUACAGGAAGCCUUUUGUUUGCACAUGCCCAACUGGAAACAAUGAAAGUAUUAGUUUAGCUGGUAAACAAGCUUUGGAAACUGUAGAAGAUAUUAUUUUCUCUGAUCUCUGUGAGAGAUCUUUGCGAUCUAUUAAAGCAAGACGAGGCUCCAUUGUGAUUCCUUUAGGGAGCUUGCAGUUUGGUGUUUGCAGACACAGAGCCUUGCUAAUGAAGUAUCUAUGUGACCGAAUGGAUCCUCCAGUACCUUGUGAACUUGUCAGGGGUUACUUGGACUUCAUGCCGCAUGCCUGGAAUGUCAUUCUCAGAAGGAGGGGUGAUUCAUUGGUCCGGAUGGUGGUGGAUGCAUGCCAUCCACAUGAUAUCAGAGAAGAGACAGAUCCAGAAUAUUUUUGCAGGUACAUUCCUCUUAGUCGGACUAAAGUUCCCCUUUCAACCGAGAGCGUUCCUGGUCCUGGUUGUUCAUUUCCUACCAUGUCAACUUCUGACAAGAUAGAAAAGGCGGGUUCCAGUACUCUUAUUCGGUGCAAAUUUGGAUCGGUUGAAGCUGCAGCAAAGGUGCGUACUUUAGAGGUAUGUGAGGCGUCAGCAGAUGAAAUUAGGAAUUUUGAGUAUAUUUGUCUCGGAGAAGUAAGAAUUUUAGGUGCUCUGCAACACUCUUGUAUAGUUGAAAUGUAUGGACACCAGCUAUCUUCAAAGUGGGUUCCAUCAGAAGAUGGAAAUCCAGAACGCCGCAUAUUACAGUCUGUAAUUCUUAUGGAGUAUGUUGAUGGGGGAUCUUUAAAGAAUUAUUUAGAAGAGGUAUCUAAAACUGGCGAGAAGCAUGUACCGGUGGAAAUAGCAUUGUGUAUAGCACGAGAUGUUGCAUGUGCAUUGGCAGAGAUUCACUCCAAAGACAUAAUUCAUCGUGACAUAAAAAGUGAAAACAUUUUGAUUGAUUUAGAUGAUACGAGAGCUGAUGGCAUGCCUGUAGUGAAGCUCUGUGAUUUUGACAGAGCCGUGCCACGCAAGUCUUUCUUGCAUACAUGUUGUAUUGCUCAUAGAGGGAUUGCACCUCCUGAUGUUUGUGUAGGAACGCCACGCUGGAUGGCACCUGAGGUUUUGCGUACAAUGGAUAAACGCAACACUUAUGGUCUGGAAGUGGACAUUUGGUCAUAUGGAUGCCUACUUCUGGAAUUGUUGACUUUACAGGUCCCGUAUGCUGGCUUACCUGAAUCGCGCAUACAUGAGCUUCUACAGCAGUCAGGUAAACGACCACCACUAACUGAUGAGCUGGAGGCUUUGGGGUCCAUGGACGAGCAUUUGGUUACUCAUUCUGGCUCAAAUCCGGAGGGACCUGAGGCUCAAUCAGAAACAUUGAGAUUCCUUGUUGAUUUAUUCUGUCGAUGCACCAAGGAAAAUCCAGCUGACCGUCCCACAGCUUCAGAUAUUUACAAACUGUUGCUUGCACGCACAAGCAUUCACUAGUUGAAGGAACAGUAUUAGAUUAAUCUUUGGGUAAUGAUUUGUAUUCCCAACCCAAAUUUUUGUAGCCCUAGGAUGUUGUGUUAAUAUAUUUAAUAUUUAUCAGUUCUAGAUCAUAUCUUUGGGUUUUUUCUAGCCCUGGGAUGUGGUGUUAUUAUGUUUUAAAAUUUAUCGGUUCUGGGAUCAAAUCUUUGGGCUUUUUCUAGAGUUAUGUACCAUCAUUGUAGUUGGAGAACUAGAAUUAGCAGCGCGUUCAACUUUCUUCAUGAGUAAUGUUAAGGAGAUAGGUGCAAAUUGGGCACA